AUGAGUAAAAAUAAAGUAUCUACAAAAAUAUGUAAUGUGCAACAUGAAAAUAGUAAAACUAAUAAUGUACAAGAAGUUUCAGUAAAAAUGAACAUGAAGGUUGAUGUAGGAAAUGAUUCUCCUCAACAUUCUUAUGAUUCACGUGUUUAUGGUCAUAGUACACCAAUUCAAAAGAGAGAUUAUGUAUUUGACAUAGAAGAUUCUCCUGAAAUAGAUUAUCGAUGCAGUCCAAUUUCAAUGCCUUUUACACAGGAUGGAGGUAACGAAAUUGCUUGGGAUUGGCAGACCUCUGUAAAUAAAGUUCAUGAUAAACCUAUACAAUCAAACAAUCAUAUUGAAACUCCCAAAAGAACUAAACAGCUACAAAAGAAACGUAACUCUAAUUCUCCUUUACUACAAAAGCCAUUAAAAAGGAAGCAAGUAAAAAUGGAAAAUAUAGAAAAUAUUGGGAAACUGACAGCUGAAUUAAAAGCUUUAAGUGAAAAAAUGAAAAGCAUACAAGAGAAUUGUAAUAACCAUAUGGUUGAAAAUGAAAAUGAUUUAAAAUGUGAAAGUAACAGUAAAUUGUUGUUAGAAUCAGAUAGCGAAAGCAGUGAUGACAUAAUCAUAGAGUGUGUUGUUAAUAGGAAUACAUCAAAAAUAAAUUCUAGCACUGUUAAUAGUAAUAACAAAAAAAUUACAAAUUAUGAAGACUUAUUUGAUGAUUCAAUUGAUGACUCAAUGGUAAGAUGCAGUCAAGAAAUCGAAGAAAAAUUGAACUUAUGUAAAGAUAAAGUGAAUAAUACAAUGCAAUUAUCUACAGUAAGUGAAGAAAAGGAAACAUCUACAUCUGAAAAAGAAAUUCAUUACCUUACUGCACCGAAUAUCUCUACAGAAUGUUCUAGAAAUUCAAGCAUUUCUAAAACUUCUUCAACUAAUACAAGUGGUUAUUUAAAAACAUAUUCAAAUAAUUCAAAUAAAAUAAAUUCCACCUUAAAUGUUUCAAUGUCAAACUCAAAAGUUAUCAACAAUAAUGUCAUAAAUGUAACUCAUGGAAACCAAAUAGUAGAAGACAAAAGUAUGUCAGAUUUUCCAGAUGAUUCUUUCGAUGACUGUUUGGCAACUUGUAUAGAAGAUGACAAAUUAUUAUCUAAAUUGUCAGAGUAUGAUUUCAGUCCUUCAAAUUCAGGUCAUAAUACAGAAAAUUUAAAAAAAAUAUCGAAACACAUUACUUCUAAUACAGUAGCUAAUAAAACGACAAACAAUUUUCUUUCAAAACUAGUGGUUCAUAAUAAGGGAGAACUUAUUACAGAUGAUUUGGUAGAGGAAGUUACGAUUGUAAUGGAUAAAAAAACAAUACAAAAUUCUUUUCCUAGCAAAAAUUCUUUAGAAAACAGAAAAUUCUUUAAAACAAAGAGUUUAUCAGAUCAAUGUUUUUAUCAAAAUAAAAAUACUAAUAUAAACAAUAAAACAACAAAUGCAUUCAAAUCUGAAAAACGGUAUCAAUCUAAUUUGGUUACUCCGUCAAUUAGACGAAAAAGAAGCUGGCAACUGUAUUGUUAAAUACAAAUCUACUAGCAAUUUAUCUAAUAUAAAGGAAGUAAAAGAAUCACAGUCUGCACAAUGUACU